AGAGCACUUCUCCUUUCACUUAAAGUGAGCGGUCGUCCUAGCCUGCCCUGCGGCCGUGUGAGUGUGUGUGUGUGUGCGAGUCUCUCCGGCUGCAGGACUAGUUGCAGUGCCACGAAAGAAAACAUGCCCGGGAUGGGCAACUCUUUACGCGCGGCUGCUCUCCUGGCUUUCGUGGUUCUUUCUAUUCUGGUGUCACUCUUGAUCAGCAGCGUGCAGCAGUUUGGAGCGAGGAUAUCUCACUUUCCCAAUGUAACUGUUGCUGGUGAUGAUUUUGCGUCGCUCCGCGGGUCGCUGAUUUUCCAACUCAACGAGAGGCGUAAAGAAAUCAUUCCGCUGCUUUUACCUCAUGAGGAUGAAAACGGACAUGACCAGACUCUUCUGGACUCUUCAUUGGAUUACAGUCUGUGGAAUGAGAUCUCACAUGGGUCUAGAAAGGCGCAUAUGGAUGAAAUGGAUUGUGAUUCUCUAGUGGACAUGCAGGCGAUGGAGGUCCUCGGGUCUGGAUACACUAAGCUGGUUGUCAAAGUGAAUCUUGCUGGAGGUCAGCCAGUGGCAUUAAAACUGGUCAAUGAGCAGGGGAUAGACAUGGGCAAGUGUGUGGAGGAUUUCAAAGACACCAAAGGCUGCCGGGAACUAGUGUCUUAUAAGCUGCAGAAAGAAAUAGUCCUUUUGCAGCGGCUGCAGCAUCCAAACGUCAUAAGGCUCAAAGGUCACUGUGCAGGAGAAAGGGGAGGAGAGGGAGGAAGAGUCACAGUCAUUUUGGAGCAGGGGACUCCUCUCCAGAUGAUCCAGCUGCUGCAGAGUCCCUGGGAGGACAGAUUCAGGGUGUGUCUGGACCUGGUCAGACUCCUCUACUUCCUCUCCCAGUCUCCUCUGGGCUCCGUGGGUCUGCUGGACUUCCAGCCUCGGCAGUUUGUCACCGUGUCUGGCGCUCUGAAGCUCACAGACCUGGAUGACGCCAGUGCUGAGGAGACAUUCUGUCACACAGACGCCGACUGCACCCUCCAGUUUCCACACAGAAACUUCACUCUACCUUGCUCCAGUCGGGGAGUGUGUGAAGGUUUGAGCGAGAAGAGGAACAUUUACAACGCCUACAGGUAUUUUUUCACCUACCUGCUGCCUCAUCAGGCCCCGCCCGGCCUCACACACCUGGUAGACCACAUCAUGAACUCCACAGGCGAGCUGAAAACUGACAUCAAUCAAACGCUGGAAGCCUUUGAACACAUCCUCCUCCUCUACAAGUCUGGUCUGCACCUGGACAACCUGCCUCCAUCAAUAAUCAGAGAUUACACCGUGAUGCAAGGUAUGGGGACCUCUGGGAACGUGGAGUACCGCUGCUGGCCGUCUUACAGCCAGCAGGGCUGCAUGCUGUCAGUACACAGUGCCCGGGAGGCGGCAUACAUCUGUAACUCCCAUUCUCAGUGCAACAGCUUCACUCUGACCGGACAGAAGACGUGGACGGGUCACCUCCUGGCCUCUUUCAAGAGCAGCUUUAGUCAUCUGGUGCCUGAUGGGACGUCCGAGGUGUAUGUGAAGAGAACCAAAGCUCCUGAAACUCCGGUGUGACAGCGAGGAACUUUCAGAACGAUCCGCUGAUGUGAAGCAAAGCGAGAUGUAGUGCUUCAGAUGAGAACUGUGUCCUCCUCAUGUUGAAUGCACCCCAGCUCUGUGGAUUUUCGGGAGGAGCGUAGAGGCCGGGCUGACGAGAAGGCGUUUGAAGUGCGGCGAGUGAAUGUGAUGUAUUUAUAGGGCUUCUGCUUAGUGACUGUUUGAUCUGCCUGCCAGCCCACUGCCUCUGCCAACUACUAUUUAAAGGGAUUUCCCUUCAGGUACAAUUAAGGAGGCAGGGGAGCCGGGUUGAGGGGUGACUUGUGCCCUCGACAUGUUUUUUUUUUUUUUCUACCUUGCCUUUAUUUGCCAUGUGUGUUGGCUUUCCCUGUGAGGCCAGGUCCCUGUAGUAGGAUUUUUAAGCCAAAGAGGUAAUAAGAACAGCGCUGCAGCUCAGCAUCUGAAGCCUGAGGACGAGAAAAGAAAGCAAGCUCUUAUACAAAUACACUUUGAUGUUUGUGCACUGAAGUUGCUGCUGUUUUUGCAUGGUUCCCUGGAUUAGCUGGGCUGUGGUAUGAGACGGCAACGACCAUGUAAGCAUUUACACAUCAACGAGCAAAACUGAUUUGAACCAUUCCAGAGAAGUCUCUUUUUACAUACUUUAGUCAACUUAGAUAGUUCUUAGUUAUGAAUAUUUAUAUGAUCGAAUGUAAUGUAACUGUUCUUACAUGAUUGUGCAUUAUAGCUUACAUGCACCUUGUGGGUGAAACUUUUAUUUUCAAUGAAAAAUUAUUCACUUCAGUGUUAUUUUAUACUUCACUUAUUGUACAGUUUUACAAUUUGUAAUUAUAGAAAUAUUGUUUCUACUUCCUGCUGUCCUUGGGUUUUUAUUGAAUUAAGUCUACUUAUAAUAGCCUGUUUGUUUCUCAUUAGCACCUCCAUGUGUGUCAGUGGGGGGAGGUGAAACCUGCAUUGGUAUACUGACCUGGUUUUGUGUGUGUUUUAAAUCCUUUAUCUGCUCGCGUGCCCCCACACCUACUAUCUGUGGCCUAUCUGAAUGCCCAUCUGAAUGGAUGAGACCGCAAACCUAUGGAGCUCCGCAGAGUUUGCACAGAGUCAGAGGAAUGCAUUCAAAUGGCUCGUCAUGCUGAGCUCAUUAUGAGCCUUAAUUAAUACAUGUAAAUUAGCUUACUUACUGGGCCUUUCUCAUGGUGAGAGAGGGGGCAUUACUGUAAGACAAAGCCAGUCAUGAGGACAAUCAGAGCUCAAUCUGCGGUUUGCACAUGAAUGGGCUUGCCAUCUGUGCCUGCCAAGAGGAGUGGGGUGAGGUUGAGAUAAGGGCAGGACUGCUGGGUGGCAGGCUGAAGGAUUUGUAAAGUCAGGACUUGUAGCAGCCGCAGAGUCUCUGGUGGGGGAGAAAGAGCAGACUAAAUACCAGUCCUGAUAUGAGCCAGACUUUUGAAACAUGUCAUCCCCCACUCUUCACAUAUUUCCUGCUGCUGUUAAAAAGCAAUCAAUCUUGAUGUCCAAUUUUGGGCAGUAAAAAAACACAAAUAUCUUUUAGAUUCCAAAAAUAAAUAUGCAAUGAUACAAAAAACUUACUCGACAAGUUAAUAAGGAAACACAAAAUAAUGCAAAAGGUUUUUUUUAAGACAAAAAAGGAAUCAAAGAAAAGUUUUUUUUUUUAAAUGGAUGCAUUUACUUUUGCUCUAAAUAUAUUUUCAAUCUUUAAAUAUCUCAAUUUCUUUUACCACUUGAAAGAGCAUAUCCUGUCCAUAAAUUACACUUUUAUGGCAGAGACACAAAAAUGCCUCAGGGUCCUCUUUGCCUCAUUUUGGCCCCUUGUUGUCUGGACAAAGCUGGCUGAUUAGAGUCUGAUUAUGGAGAUAAGGAGUCCAAGUCAGAUUAGAUCAAAACCAAACUGACUCACCGGACUAACACAGCAAGACAGACUCGAAGGACUGGUUGUUGGUUGUUGGGAAAAAUAAUUCCCCCACAAUGGUAUGUUUUGUGUUGCAGUUAAUGGACUUAAAACCUGACAGCACUUAGCUUAAGUAACGGACAGUUAAGCACAUUAAUCAAAAUAUGUUAAAGAAAAUAUAAGAGUACCCUGCCUUAUACCCUCUUCUCAUUUAAAAGUUAGAUAAGAUACUGAGAAACAUGCAGUAGGCUAAAUAGGAAGCCCCUAAGAUUUGGACAAGGCCAGCACAAAGACCAGAUACAAUAUUUUGGUUUAAUUAAUUUGUUCUACACAAUUAAAGAAUAGUUACAAAACA